AGAGGAAGCAGGAGUGUGGGAAGAAAAAGGUGGAUGACAAACAAGAGAGAUCACAGAGGAGAUGGAGAUACAAUGGGAUAUAUGACAGAACUGGGAUGAUGAAGAGGAGGUGGGGAAAACGAGGAGGAGAUAUGCCCCCAGUGAUGGAGCGCUCAGGGGCCGGGGUCCUGUCCAGGAGCAGAGCCAAGACCGUAACCAAUGGCAACAGCCAACCACACUCUGAGGAGGAGAGCAGCGAUGAAGAGCAUGCUCACGACAGCAUGAUCAGGGUGGGUGGAGACUACCAGGCGCAGAUCCCUGAGUUCAAACCAGACAGUCCAGCCCGUUACAUAGAGAAGGACCAGAGGAGUAUGUUGGUGUGGUGUCCCAACAGCCAGCUUUCUGAUGCUAUGUUGGACGAGUACAUUCUGAUGGCUAAAGAGAAACAUGGCUACAACAUGGAGCAGGCUCUGGGCAUGUUGCUGUGGCACAAACACGACGUGGAGCGCUCACUGGCCGACCUCGCCAACUUCACCCCUUUCCCAGACGAGUGGACGGUCGAGGAUAAAGUGUUGUUCGAACAGGCCUUCAGCUUCCACGGCAAGAGCUUCCACCGCAUCCAACAGAUGCUUCCAGACAAGCUGAUCUCCAGCUUGGUGAAGUACUACUACAGCUGGAAGAAGACCAGGACCAGGACCUCAGUCAUGGACCGACAGGCCCGGAGGCUGGUCAGCAAGAGAGAGAAAGAUGAUAGUAAUGAUGAGGUGGAGCAAGGAGACCCUGGCAGCGACAGUGACUUUGAGAUUGACACCAAGAAGGAGGUGAGCAACAGAAUACCUAAUAGUGGCUGUGUGACCGACAGAGACCGUAAGGAAAGUAUCGGGGCUCAGUACCGCCACCACCCGCUCAGGGCCCGCCGCAGGCCACCCAAAGGCAUGCAUCUGGACCGGGGAGACAUCAUGUCCCUGUCAGCCUCUCACGAUGCCGGGGUGCUAACUGUACGACAGCUGGACACACAGUUGGUUUCACUCAAACGACAGGUUCAGUCUAUUAAACAGAUCAACAGUAGUGUGAAACAGAGCAUGAGUGAAGGUAUUGACACUCUCAGACCCGCUGAACCUGCCUCUAAGAUGAACUCUCGUUGGACGACAGAGGAGCAGCUCCUGGCUGUGCAGGCCAUCCGUCGUUAUGGUAAAGAUUUUGCAGCCAUUGCACAAGUGAUAGGGACCAAGACACCGGCUCAGGUGAGUUCGUUCUUUGUGAGCUACCGGCGCAGGUUCAACCUGGAUGAGGUGCUGAGGGAGUGGGCGGCCGAGCAGGUGGCCACCAGCCGAGAACAGAGAGACCCCAGGAGGAGUGGUGAGGAGGUGGCAGCAGCUGCAGAUGGAGCUGCUGAGGAUGAGGUUAAAAUGGAGAACUCUCCCUCAGAUACCACCAGCAGCUCAUCUCCCACCUCCUUCACCCAGACCCAUUCCUCCCUCUCUCAGCCUCCUCCACUGCUGCGCCCUGCACCUCCUUCGGCUCCCCCCAGCCUCCUUCGUCAGCCUCCCCCCCUGCAAACCCGCCCACUGCAGAACCGAGCACCCCACAACCACCCUCCCCCUCCGCUUAUCAGGCCCGCCGUGACCUCCUCCUCCACUGGGAGCUCCAGCCUCAGGGCUUCUCCUCCCAGCUCCUCCUCCUCCUCCACUGCUGCCGGGCAGAUGCCUCCUUCGCUGGUCGGGCUCAAAGUGGAGCAGCCCAACUCACACUGACACACACACACACACACACACACACACACAAACACACAACAGUAGGAGUAGAAACACACCCACACAAAUUAGCAUGCAGACAAACACAAUCCAUUCUGUGUUCUCAGAGAGAAUUCCUUCAACCCGCAACUCCAUCGCUCCUCUCCUUUUGUUCUGGGACCAUUACACAUCACAUGAUCAAUUGCACACGCUCAGGUCCUUAAGGUGACAUCACAGCACUUACAAUGUGGCAGGCAGAGUGUGAGGACUGCCUCAGCAAGUCCACUUUGUAGGGCAGUGUUCUGAACCCCCUUUACUGUACUAGCAAACACCUACCUCCACACAUCGUACUUCUUUAGUGUACACACACAUACACUUCAAACAAGGUAGCAACUCAACUACCUGCACACACCUCUCUGAAAUAACAAAAAGACACGGUGGAUCAUCAAGCUGUUGAAGAAAACCCUGAUCAAUUAGAGCAAACCCACCUGCUCAUCUCCAUGGCAACUGUUGAACAUCUGGACUGGGGAGGAGUGUGAUUCAAAAUACUAAAUAUAUGUAUCUACACUGGGCGGUUAUCAAGUUGUCCAAACAGCCUUCUGGAAAACAAAUAAUGAAUGAAAGAGGGACAAAAAAGGCUGAGGAAGAAUCGCCCACAUCUGAGCCAAACCUGUUCCUUCUCUGAGGUGGUGGAGAGGAGAAAAUCAUUUGGGUGGGUGGGAAUGAUGUGAAGAAAUGAGCCUUCUCCUUCUAAGCUUUGCUUUAAAACGGAGGAGCGAGAAGGUACUUUUACAAAGAAACCAUGCUCUGUAACGAGGCUGCGAGUGAACGGUGAUCGAAGCUGUUGGUUCAAUGGUGAGCAGAAAAGGAAAGAGUAUAGAGAUGAGGCCUCUCACUCUUCUUUCAUAGCCAUGUAUUACUAGUAUUAACUGGAGUGUUUUCUUUUCACUAGGCCUUUAUAGGUGAGCCCUAGAUCGGCGGUUAGUUACUGUAAGUAGUUUAGAUAGUGCAUACUUUAUGAUGCAGAGCACUAAAGAGCCAUUUAACUGGACUGUGUCUCACAUUUCAAGAAGACAUUUGUCCACAGCUUGUUUUGUCACUGGCUCAGUGUUGAAGUGCUUUAGUUUGUUACUCUGAGGAAGAUUUUCAGUAAUCAGCCAAAUCUGGUCGCUCUGAAGAACAAGUGAACCAAACUGUGUGUUAUGAUUUUUGAGCUUCCCUGGGUUGACUUUGUCCCACCUACAGAUUUAUGUACACUGAAAAAGAAAAGUCUGUUUUACUUUGAAAACACACUGUCCCACAGAUUGUCUAGUUAGCUGUUGACAUUUUACAACGUUGGCUUCCUUAGACACAGGGGAGGUAGUAAAAAAAAAAAAACAAGAGGCAGGCAUUUUGGGAAGUAGGCCGCUGCUGCUUUCUUGAUGAGCGUUAACAAGACCAACCAGCGUGUAGCUCAGCUUAGUACACUAGACAGCUAGCUUGGCUCUGUCCAGAGGGAACUAAGUCUGCCUAACAGCACCUCUAACAUGAAGGCAUUGUAUCUGUGUUAAAAAAAAAACACAGCUACUAUUUCUUAGUUGAGGCCUGUAACUUCUGGGAGUCCCCACUGGUUGACAGGCAACUUUUCACAACUAAUAGUCAAGAUCUGUGUAAGCCUUUAACAACACUUUGUUUUCAUACUUCAGGUGUAAGGAUUAAAGUAAUUAAAUUCAUGAUUAGUGAGCUUUAGAGGUGCUGGUAGGCAUCUUGUGCUAAGCUAAGCUAGCCAGCUGGUGGUAGCCUCAUGUAGCAUACAAACAGGAGUUACAUCUAAGAAAUCAGAUAAGGUCCUCCAGCUGACACCCACACUAGCACUGGUUGUUAUGUUUUUCACUGGGAAGCAUGUGAGAAUAAUUACUAAAGUGAAUUUACAACUAGCUGAAGCCGUCAGAGUUCAGUGAAGGCAGCUUUCUCUCUGGUAGUUGAAACUCCACAUGGAGGUCUGAGAGGUUUCUGCUGUAAUGUCAGCUCGCUGACUGUUUUAGCCAAUGAACUGUCAAGAACUACUGCAUUUAAUGUCUGUCCUGCCCCAGCGUCUCUGCCUCUGAAACACUCCUCACCCAGGGUGGUGGCAUCAGGGCACUUCAUAAAUGUAGAUGACUGAACCCAGUUUUUCUGUGACACCUAUACUACUUAUUUCUUCUGGACAUGAUUGAGCUGAAUCUCCCCUCUUCCUCACACCCUAGUUACCCGUUUAUCACUGGCUUUUCAAGCAGACCUGGGGUCACCUGUUCUGUAAACUCAAUGCUGCACCUUUCCUACAGCAACACUACCUGUUCCUGUUAGCGGAGGCUAGUUUGACGCUACGCUGUGAAAGAAUUGAAGCAGCCAAUCGUUACAUUUGGCUUUAAAGUGACAUGUAUUUUGACUUUGUUUUCUUCAUCCAAAAACUGCUCGUGUGUUAAUGUGAGAAGUUGUUUACAUUGUGAAAACUGAACUGUUUGUGUUUGACAGAUGUUUUUUUUAGAAUAAAGAAAUG